AUAAAAAAACAUAAUUUAAAUAUAAAUGAAAAACAAUACUGUUCAUUGAUGAUCUAAUACUGGGCAUUUUGAAUUUGUUCAAAAUUCAUUUUUAAAAUUGUUAACUAAAAGUAGGGGCUGCUGAACGAAACGAAUAAUAAAAAAGUCAUUUUAAAUUACAAUCAAUCUUUUUAUUCUUAAAAAAAAAAACGUAGCCAUAGUGAAAUCAUUUUAAAAAGUAAUUAAAAAAUUGCGAAAAAACCCAAGUAUCAGUUGAAUAUUAUAAUUACUUGUAAAAACACUAAUUUCAAGACAUUGUUGUUCAACGACAAUAAGAUGUAAGAUUACUAUUUCCUGCACCUCAAAUGGAAACAAUCACAAAAUAAAAUUAAAAUACGAUACCAGCAAAAAAAUUUAAAUCUGAAAAAAAGAGAAAAAAAAGAAGAAAUAUUGAUAAAAUUAUUUAUUUUUUUUUUGUUUUACUAAUGUUCUUUUAUAAAAAGAAAAUCUGCAUGUGACGUGAAUAUUCAAAAUUUUAAGAUUGGUCGCUAACUGCAGUUUUAAUUUUUUAUUGUUUUUGUAACGUUGUGUUUUCAUUAUUGAAAGAUAUAAGAUACAAGUCAUGUUCAAUUUAAAUGUUUAUUUAAAAUUUAUUUCAAAUUUAAAUUUAAUUAGUUAGAUGUUUGUUAUAAGUAAUAUUUAUUGAUUUUUUUGAAAUUGUAUUAAUUAACGAGCAAAUUAAGUAGAAGCUUGAAAAUAAGAUUUAACAAAAAGAUAUUUGAGAACUUAUACGCUGAAAAUUAAGAAAACAGAAAAUUUUGUAUAUUUUCAAGAUGACGGUCGAUUUUAAUGAUUAUUUUUGGGGAGAAAAAAACAAUGGCUAUGAUGUUCUUUAUCACAAUAUGAAAUUUGGAUUUGUUGCUAGCAAAGAAUUAUCAGAUUUUUUUCGAGAGAAAACCAAUGUUGAGGAACAAAAUUCUAAAUUGAUGACAAAAUUAGCCCAUAAAGCUGGUUCUGGUACUCUAAAUGGAACGUUUGCCCCAAUAUGGGGUAUAUUAAAGAGUUCAGCAGAACGUUUAUCGAAUUUGCAUUUACAAAUGGUACAAAAACUAAGUGAAUUAGUUAAAGAUAUAAGUAAAUAUGCUGAUGAAUUACAUAAAAAACAUAAAUUAGUCAAAGAUGAAGAAUCAAGUACAUUAGAAGCUGUUCAAGCAAUGCAAUCAUCUACACAGGCUGUUCAAAAAUCAAAAGAUUUAUAUACAAAUAAAAUGCAAGAAUUGGAAAAAUUACGAAAAGAAAAUGGUACUUCGAAAGAUAUUGAAAAAGUUGAAACAAAAUUGAAAAAAUUACAAGAUGAUUAUAAAAAUUUGAUGGAUAAACAUGCACCUAUUAAGCUAGAAUUUGAAAACAAAAUGACUGCAACGUGUAGAAGAUUCCAAGAAAUCGAAGAAGCACAUUUACGGCAAAUGAGAGAGUUUUUAUCAACAUAUUUAGAACUUGUACAAACCAACCACGAUAUGGUUGGACAGGUUCAUAGUGAAUUCAAGAGACAGUUUCUUGAUAUGAGUGUUGAUAAAUUGUUGGAACAAUUUGUGUUAAAUAAAUAUACUGGUCUAGAAAAACCAGAAAUCACUGAACUUGAAUUAAUAAACUUGUCAUCGGCGCCAUCAUCAAGCACAACUCCAGUAGUUUCAUCUUUGCAUUCUUCAAAUCAAACACAUAGCAAUACAUCUUUUGUAAAUCAGUUAAGUCAAGUGAAUCAAUUGCAUCAUCAACAACAAUCACAUCAAUCAGUACAUUCCACUGGUGCAGCUGGUUCUGUAUCAGGAGCGACAAAUGCCUUAGUAAGUCCAGUGCCAUCAGUAACAUCUCAACAAAAGGUUUUAGGUACAAGUGGGGGCGGCGGUCCUGGUAGUAGAGGUGUAUCACCUGAACCAAACUCAGUAACAAGCACAGUAAGAGCAAAUUUAAGAAACUGGUUUUCAUCAAAUAUUCCAUCUAAACAUUCCGAAAAACCAAACGCUGCGAUAACUAAUACAAAUUUAAAUCAAGACAAUACAACUUCAAAUGUAAGCGGUAAUGGAGCAUUCAAUUCAGAAGGUAACCCAAAUCAGCUUCAGCAGCAGCAUACAAAUCAACAACAAAACCAGGACACAAUACAAAGUUCGUAUAUUUCACCAGCUUUAAGUCAAUUGUCUGAACAUAAUAUUUCAUUUUCAUCAACAAAUACUGUCCCAAAAAAAGGUCAACAACAAAAUGAACAGCAACAGCAAACAUCAAAAGUUUCAUCGCAACUUCAUCAACAACAUCAACAACAACAACAAUCUACCCAACAUCAGCAACAAACGUCGUCGCCACAAGUACAGCAACCAAUACAACAAACAAAAUCUUCCCGCCGUACUACUUCCCUUCUAAAUCUCUUCAUGUCUAAUUCCCAGGGAAGCCGGGAAAGCCGUGAACAGGUUGAAGCCUUGUCAGCUCCAACGAGCCCGAAUGAACAAGGCUUGUCCAAUCAAAAUAUUUCACAAAUUGGAAGGAAUCCUUUAUUAAGAGGUUCAAAAUAUAAUUUAGUUUCAGGAAUUUUACGUAGCCGAAGAGAUAAAGCUAAAACAAAAAAAUCCAAGAAAAAGAAAGACACUGAAACAUCGAGUAACAAAGAUGAGAAUAUAAUAAUAGAUGAGAAAUCUGAUCAAAAGAAUAAUGAAAAUAGUCCUGUACAAACUCCGGCUACAACAACAGCAAAUGUGAAUUUUACAAAUUCAAAUACUGCAACAAGUGGAAUAGCUCCUACAGCAACUCCCGAAGUCGAUGAAGAUGGAUACAGUAUUAAACCUAGAAAUAAAGAAACCAGCUGGAAUGAUGAAAGAGAGAAGGGUAACUUUUACUCAAGUUCAGAUUCUGAUUCUGAUAAUGACAAACCUGAACGAAAAAUUCAUGUCGAAAUCAAACCAUUAAAUAAUGGUACAGCACCAAUAUCAGCUAGCGUUGAUGAAUUAAGAGCUACUGUUGGAAAUAUUUCCUUAUCACCGAUUGGAGUUCUUUCGAAUCGUGGUGGUUCAACUUCUGACAACCACGAAAUGAAACGAUCACAAUCUGUUUCACAAAAAUUGGGUGAAAAACCGAGCAUUGAUUUACUCGGUCUAACUUUAUUUCAUCAACAGCAUAGUCAACAUUUACAAUCAACCCAUUCAAAUAAUUCAUAUCAACAGCAAAGUCCUGGUGCAUCAAAUGCAUCAACACCGACAACUGUACAUCCUUACGCACCUUUACAAAGUCCAACUUUAUCAGUAUCCAAUAACUCCAGAUAUGCUGACUUAGGUGACAUAUUUUCAACUGAAAUAGGAGAAAUAAGUGCGUCAGCACCAGCUUCGGCUACUUUAUCAAAAGCAAGCAGUAGGCAAAUACCAACCCCGACAUCUGCAAGCAGUAUAGCAAUUCCUAGACCACCUUCACGAAGGUCUGAAGCGGCUAUUCGUGGCCGUGUUAGCCCUUCUUCAAUGUCACGAGCUGACAGUGUUGGUAGCAUGGAAUUUCGUACUGCUGUUGGUAUUGGAUCAUCGCGUGGUCCAUCGCCACUAACAAUUGGAAUGACUGAUACAAUACCUUUGGCUGUUGCCUUUCACGAAAUAAUUCAUGCUUACUUUAGAGGUAGUGAUGAAUCUCGAUGUCAAGUUAAAAUGUCUGGUGAUAUGAUGUUAUCAUUUCCAGCGGGAAUUGUUAGUAUACUAGCAAACAAUCCGAAUCCAGCCAAAUUAGGUUUUCGAAUUAAACAUACACAAAAUCUUGAAAAUUUAAUUCCAAAUAAGCAAUUAGUUCAAAUAGAUAAAUUGCAAUCGACUAGUUUUAGUACAAUGUUAGAAUUUGAUAUGAAUGCGUUAACAGCAUUAUUGAGACGCCAAUCUGAACAAAAUCCGAAUGCAUCAUAUUUUAAUGUUGAUAUAUUAAAAUAUAUGAUUAAAUCUAAGUUAGGUGCAUCUUCAUGUCCAUUUCAAUUAGUUAGUUAUUGGAAAUGUGAACCGACUCACACAGCAUUAAAAAUUGAUUACAAAUAUAAUAGCCAUGCUAUGGCAUCUCCAUCAUCAUUAUUAAACUUAAUUAUAUCAGUGCCGGUUGAUGGUGAUGUUAAAAAUGUCCAAUCAAAACCUCAUUCAGUUUGGCUUGGAGAAUCCAAUCGUUUAGUUUGGAAUUUCACAGAUAUUUCUCAACAUUCUGAAGGCAACGGUAUUGGAACGUUAAGAGCAAGAUUAGAAGUUCGUAAUGGUCCUUCAACUCCUUCAACUUUGACUGUGCAAUUUAAUUGUGAAGGAACAACUUUAUCUGGUAUCGAAUUCGAAUUGGUAGGAACUGGUUACAGGUUAUCAUUAGUUAAAAGAAGAUUUGUGGCUGGUAAAUAUAUAUGUGAAGGGGAUGGUAUUAGAAAUAUCACAACACCUACUCCACCGACGUCUGUUGGAAGUCCGUAUUCAGCAAAAUCGAAUUAAAAAUACAACAUAGUGAAAUAUAAUUAACAUAUGUAUGUAAAUGUUCAUAUUAAUAUUAUUUAAAACAAACUUAGUUUUUAAAAUUAAUAAUAAAAAUGUUUUUGUAUAUUAUUGUAAAAUUUUCGAAAAGGAAAAAACCAAUAGAAAUACUAAUUUUUUUAAAUACAUACUAGGAAAGGAAAAGCUACAAAUCAUAAAAACAAUAAAUAUUAAAAUAAAAACUAGAAAAUGAAUCACUAACUUUUGAAACUUAAAAAAAAUUUAUUACUUCUUUCAAGAACAAAUAAUACUACUAUU